AUGUCCCGUGAGGCGGGUGUGUGGCGUGGGGGCACGGGGACACGGGCACGCAAGCCCAAGAAACCGCACUACAUCCCCCGGCCAUGGGGCAAGCCGUACAACUACAAGUGUUUCCAGUGUCCCUUCACCUGCCUGGAGAAGUCCCAUCUGUACAACCACAUGAAGUACAGUCUCUGCAAAGACUCCUUGUCCCUGCUCCUCCACUCCCCAGACUGGGCCUGCCGCCGCGCCCCCACCUCGUCCCAGCCCGAUGCCACUGACACCCCCACCGGAGCCAACCUCAGCGUCCCCAACACCUUCUCCCUGCACCACUUCGACGGAGGCCCCAAGCUGAGGGCUGAGAGGGCUCCGGGAACACUGCCCACCGCCACCAGGGCCUCCAGCAAGGGCCUGAGCUCCAGUAGGCUCUUGCCCAAGUCAUGGAAGCCUGGAGCGGGUGGGGACACGAGGAGUAGGGCCAUGGGGGACGUGACUGCCGAGGGUCCUGAGGGCCCUGCCCUCUGCUACCCACCCCCCCACUUCAGCGAGUUUCCUGAGGCCCAGAACUUCCCACCAUCACUAUUGGGAAUUAACUAUCAGCUCAGCCCAGGACUCUUUCCCUACCUUGGGUCCUCCCUGGCCACUGCCCACAUGCCCCUCUUGGCCUCAGCCAGCCCCCUACUACCCUCAACCCCUGCCUUUCCAGCCCCACAGCCCUCGGAACGCCCGACCCUGGCCCCCCGCCUUUACUACCCAUUGUUCUUGGAACAUAGUCUGAGGCUGCCAGUUGGCAGAGCCGCCCCCACCAAGCCUCCCAUGGCCCCCAAGGGGGCCCAUGGGACUCCGGCCACUGGGGUGCUGAAGGUGUCUGUAACCAGGGCGGGGGGAUCUUGGCCCUGUGGCCCCCCGAGGGAUCCAGGGCAGGAGGGGGAGCUGGAGCAGACUGUGGAAGAAAGCCCGAAGAGGAAGCUACCCCUGAGAAACAAGCUGGAGUUCCAGAAGAUUCCAAGCUUAGCCAAGUUUGGUUACCAGAGGAGCCUGCCGCCUGGUCCCCCAGCAAUGCUCUGGAGAGAAGACAAAGAGCCCUUGGACACAGAGACUCCAGUCCAGCCGCUGCGAAGUCUGGGACCUGGUGGCCCUGGGCGCGUGGGGGAGGACUUGACCCAGGCCCUAGGUGACUAUGUACAUGUGGAGCAGCUGGUGCCUUCGGGUGGCCUGGCCCCACGUCCCCUUCAGGAGCAGUUGGGUAAGAUCCGCCAGGAGCUGCUGCACAUACACCGGGCUUUGGAACGUGCUGUGCACCCCUCUGACGCGCCACUCGACCUCUCUGUGAAACGGGGGUCCAUCAAGGGGCCUGAGCCACCUGCAGGAGCCUGGGGGGCGCCUGAGUCGGUGCCUCCACUUAGCCAGGGGACUCCUGAGCUGCCCUUCUCCAAUCACACCACUAAGUGUGAAGCUGACUCCAGCGUCCCACCCCCGGGCCUCUCCCUGCCUGUCUGCGAGGAUAUCACUCCCUGUGGUGGGUGGAGCACCCUCGGUGCUGCAGGGGGCUCCCGGGCCCCUGAGGCUGUCCCUAGCUUGCAGAUGCCCCGGGGUGCUGAGAGGCGUCUCAUCUCAGGUGCUGGGGAGCCAGGGGAGGGAGACUCGGGGCCUCAGACAGGCCAUGGGCAGUGCCAGGCGGGCAACCUGGAUGGUGGGCUGGUCUGCCAACACCCUCCUAUGCCUACUGCCUCCAUUGUCUUGGAAAUCUACGUGCCCCCUGGGCAGACGGCUUCAGUUCAGGAGCAAGCCUCACCCAAGAAGGCCUGCAGGCCAGCCACUGCCCUAAUCAGACCACCUCAGGCAGGAAGGGUGCGGUUGGGUUGGGAGGGCUUGGUGACUUCAGCAGGGAUCAGCUCUGUGGUAUCCCCCAACAUCAAAGGCACCCAGGGCGCCAAGCCUUAG